AUGAUGGCAGCACAGACGAGCCACACUUCACCCAAACCCAGUGUCCCUAUCAAGGAGGAAUUCGCAGCCUCCAAAUUAGAUUCCAACAAAACUGAGAGUCCUCCUACAACUUCCGAUACCACCGUGACGGACAAAACAAUCCGAUGCAUCUACGUUGGACGCCUGAGACCGGACGUCACGAAGGCCCAUUUGAUGGAGUAUUUUUGCAAGUUUGGCAACAUUCAACACGUCAUUGUUAUCCCACGUAAUGGUUCGCAGACAUCUCUUGGCUAUGGAUUCGUGUAUUUUGCUGAACCGUGUGCCAUUCAGAUGGUUCUGGAUUCCGGUCCGCAUAUAAUUGGAGCAUCAGAUGUUCUGAUUAGGCUCAUAGACACGGACAAACUAUACAAGGACAACGGCUUUCGAAGGUGA